AUGCAUACUGGUAAACUAGAGGUCGGUGGUGUGACCGAGGCACAAUUCCUGGUCGGUUUAUUUUUCCUUAUAUGUGGAUGCUUUGGUGAGGACUUCUUCCGUAAGGAAACUCCCUUCCCUUCUGGCUGGACUAGAGGAGAGUUGCUAUGCUACGCGAUCCUAUCUGGUGCCUCUAUGCUAUCUAUAUAUGAUAUAGUCACUUGCCUCUUCGCUUCUAAGGAUAGGGUGCACACUUCGUUCGGAUAUCGUCUGUACACACUCAUGCCCUUGGCCCUUCUAUAUUCGUGCGCCUACUUCAUGGACGCAGCUUUGCUGAAAACAGGAGAGUCGUCAAUGGGUUAUGUCCUGCAUGCCAUUGCUAUAUACUUCGUCCUUAUUGCUGAACAUGUUCUCAUCUCUAACGUUGUAGAGGAGUGCUACGUGAAUAGAGCAUGCAAGGCCCUGAUGCCCUUAAUGUUGGCCACUGCCCUUGUCCUCGUACUAACCUCUCUAGGUAUACGGCUUUGUAUCCUUUUGGAAGAUGGUAACAACUACUCUCACUGA